GUCAAAAUUAGAGAGUAGAGACUGAGAAAAGUCCGAGCUUUGAGCUGAAGAAAGAAUGGAGGAGUCAGUUCCAUGGAAGACUCUGCAGAGCAGAGAGUACCAAGGUCACAAGAAGAAGGUCCAUUCGGUGGCUUGGAACUGCACCGGCACUAAGCUCGCCUCCGGCUCCGUCGAUCAAACUGCUAGGGUUUGGCAUAUCGAGCCCCAUGGCCAUGGUAAGGCUAAAGAUAUUGAGCUAAAGGGGCACACUGAUAGUGUGGAUCAGCUAUGUUGGGAUCCCAAACAUGCUGAUUUAAUUGCAACUGCAUCAGGAGAUAAGACUGUCCGUCUAUGGGAUGCUCGUAGUGGGAAAUGCUCGCAACAGGCAGAACUUAGUGGGGAGAACAUUAACAUCACCUACAAACCUGAUGGCACACACAUAGCUGUUGGCAAUAGGGAUGAUGAACUAACAAUUUUGGAUGUUAGAAAGUUUAAGCCAAUUCAUAAGCGCAAGUUUAAUUAUGAGGUAAAUGAGAUAGCUUGGAACAUGAAGGGUGAUAUGUUUUUUCUGACUACUGGAAAUGGUACUGUCGAAGUUCUAUCAUACCCAUCUCUUCGACCACUUGACACUCUUAUGGCCCAUACAGCUGGUUGCUAUUGCAUUGCAAUUGACCCAACUGGAAGGUUUUUUGCGGUUGGAAGUGCUGAUUCUUUAGUCAGCCUGUGGGAUAUCUCAGAGAUGCUUUGUGUGAGAACAUUUACAAAACUCGAAUGGCCUGUAAGGACAAUAAGCUUCAACCAUACCGGUGAAUAUAUUGCUUCAGCUAGCGAGGACUUGUUCAUUGAUAUAUCAAAUGCGCAAACUGGAAAAACAGUGCAUCAAAUUCCAUGUCGGGCGGCCAUGAAUAGUGUUGAGUGGAAUCCCAAGUACAAUUUACUUGCAUAUGCUGGAGAUGACAAGAACAAAUAUCAGGCUGAUGAAGGUGUUUUUCGAAUAUUUGGCUUUGAAAGUGCUGCCUGAGAGAGAUUGCCUGAGAUUGGGAACCCUUUUUUCCCUUUAUCAUCAUCAACCUUGUUGUUAAUGAAAUACAUGAAUUGUAAAAAAUAAUUUUCUAUUCAGAUGAGAGCUUUUUUUAACCAUCGGACCAAAAUGCUUCAUCCCCUCUUGAAGAAGAAGAUGCUGUAGAAUUCAAACAAGGAAGAACAUACUUCUAAAGGUUUUGGUGCCUGGCCAAAGAGAAAAAAAAAAGACCAUAUAAGGGACUAGACUAGACUAGACUAGUAUAAAUACUAAACAUGUAAGGAACUAGAUUAGUAUAAUCAAAUUAUCCUAAUAGGAGUGUUAAGGAAAUUCUCUUUUAUUCAAAGUCAUUCGAUGAGAACAAAGUCAUCGAAAUAUGAUGAUGAUGAUCCCAAGUCCUAACAUGAUGAUGAGGUGAGAUGAGAACAAAGUCAUGCUAGGAACUAGACUAGUAUAAUACUAAAGAAACUCUUCUAUUCAGAGUCUCAGAUCCGAUUUAUUGUAAUAUAUCAUAUUUUAAUUUGUUUAA